UCGUGGUCGCCUCGGGAGCUCUCGAUGCUCUGUCUUGCCUCGGUAUCAAUUUUGCAUUAAUAUAUAACCGAUGCAUGUGUGAGACGCAAACCGCCGUCCUAGCGACGGGACAAAACGAGUUUUCAUUGUUUUUUUAGGAAUGAAGUAUUAUUAAAAAUUGUUCGUUAAUAAGUUUAGUGUACGAUUCAUUUUUAAGACUCGAGUGUAGCAAGAAGAGUGUGUGACGUCAGUGAUUUGUUUAUUUAAAUCGAAAGUACAUAAUUAUACGUGCCGUGCAAUGCCGAAGUUAACAGAUUUUUGCGUUAAAUUCGACCGAGAAGGUUCAACGUUCCAGCCCGGAGAAACGGUCACUGGUAAAGUUAUCGUCACAUUGACCAAGCCCAAGAAUAUCAAAGAGAUAAGACUCGAGGCUCGUGGCGAGGCCGAGGUGCACUGGACAAAGAGCCGCAAUGUCAAGGACAGCAGUGGGCGCAGCCACCAUCACACGGAUCACUAUCGCGGUACCGAGCACUACUUCAACGUCUCCAAUCGUCUCUUGGGAACUCCCGCGGGAUCGAAUCAUGCAACGAUUCCAGCUGGUACACACAUAUUUCCAUUCACUUUUCAACUGCCCAACAACAUUCCAUGCAGCAUCGAGCACGUGUACGGCCACGUUCGUUACACUGUCAAAGCCGUACUUGACAGGCCAUGGAGAUUUGACCACAAAGUCGUGCAGGCCUUUACCGUCAUUGCUCCCUUUGAUUUGAACGCACAACCACACCUAACCACGGGUAUAGAUGACGAAAUAAGGCGAAAAUUUCUCAGCUGCUGUUGUUUCAGUUCAGGUGGCAUGACUAUUGAUGUUAAAAGUCGAGUAUCUGGCUUUGUACCGGGAGAAACCAUCGACUUGAUUGUUAGCUACGAUAAUACUUCCAAUAGAGUUGAUUUGAAAAAAAUUUCAGUCAAAUUGCAAAAGAGUGUAGAAUUUUUUGCAUCUACACCUUUCGCAGAUAAAAAAAUAUGCACCACGACGAUAAAAAAAAUUAAAGACAGUGGAGCUUUUGAAAAACAAGGAGUAAGAACAUUGAAGAUAGAGGUGCCUCCCUUACCCCCUUCGCGUUUAGAGCAUUGUCAUAUCAUACACGUUGCUUACAAUCUGGUUUUCGAAACAAAAGUUACAGGAAUGCACUUUGGCGCGUCGAAAUGUUAUCCCAUAGAAAUAGGAACUAUACCUCUGUACCAGCAAUCUAGCGAUAGUUGUUUGAAUGCUACUUUGAACACAACAAAUAUUAGUUCUAUAACUCCAGCUUUACCCUCAGCGCCGCCGAUUGAUCAAAUAAGUGCGAGUUCUCAACCGAUGCCACAAACCUCAACGCCAAUCGGCUUCGUAAUUAUGAGCGUACCACCAUACCUGGCAGGUGCAGCUCAAGCUAUGCCGGAAAUGCCGCCUCCAUCUUAUGAAGAAUGUAUAUCUGGUGGUAAUUUAAUUUCAAAUCCAAAUGAACAAGGCAUGCAUGGCCAAAGUAUUCCAUUUGCUCCAAAAUAUCCAGUGUAUAAAUUUCCUAUGCCAUCAUCUAACGAGUAAAAAACUACUCCAUAAAUAUCCACGUGAAAAUUUUUCACGCACUCUUCUUUAAAUCAGUAUAAGUUGUCAAUGGUCAUUGUGAUAAAAUUUCCAGACUAUCAAAUGUAAUGCUUAAAGGAUAAAUUAAAUAAGUUUUUUAAAAACACGUUCAAGCAAGUAUGCAAGUACAUUCUUGGACUCGAGAAAUAGAUACGUGCUGUGCACCUACUAACAUGUUUGUUUACUUACAAAUGUUUUUCUAUUUUAAAUAGUUAGAAUAAUAGGGUGAAACGACUGUUAAAACAAGUUUAUUACUAUAUUCUGUGCCUAGGCUGCAAUAAAUAAAAUUUCAGGACACGUGUUAUUAGUGUAAAGACGAGGUUCAUAAUUACGAGCCCUGGGUUUUUUUUACGCAGCCUAAAUGCAUAAAAAAAUUUUCGUAAAUUUUUUUACAAAUGUUUGACAAUAUUACGUAGUUUGAGUUUUAUAUUUACUUAAAAUAGCAAUUGAAGGAAAAAACUACAAUGCUUCAAACGUCAUUGUACCAAGUGAAAUGUAGGUACCAUAUGGGUACUCUCUUAAUUUAUAUACUAACGUUAUAAAAUUUUUUAUAUUGUGAGUAUUAUAAUGAAAAUAAAUAAAAAUAUAUGG